UGACGUUCAAGUUCGCGGGGACGUCACGUCCGCACUUGAACUUGCGGCUCAGGGGGGCUUUUGCCAUUUUUUUCAUCUCGCUCUCUCUCUUCUUCCCUCUUUCCCUCUCUCUCCCUCUCUCUCUCCCUCUCUUUUUUUUCCUCGCACAAAAAAAAAAAGCCAUGACUGCUAUCCCACAAUUCAUCUUCCCUGCGCCAUCUUUGUAUUAUUUCUAAUUUAUUUUGGAUGUCAAAAGACAUUGAUGAAGAUAUUUUCUCGGGAGCCUCCUUCCUCCGCAGCCCGGCGCUCCCGAUGUGAGCCGCGCGCUCCGCCGCUGCCAGCCCACCAUGUCGCGCCGCAAGCAGGGCAAGCCCCAGCACUUAAGCAAGCGGGAAUUUUCGCCUGAACCUCUUGAAGCCAUUCUCACCGAUGAUGAACCUGACCAUAGCACGUUGGGAGCUCCAGAAGGGGACCAUGACCUCCUCACCUGUGGCCAGUGUCAGAUGAACUUCCCGUUGGGGGACAUUCUUAUUUUUAUUGAGCACAAACGGAAACAAUGCAAUGGCAGUCUCUGCUUAGAGAAGGCUGUGGAUAAGCCACCCUCACCCUCACCAAGCGAGCUGAAAAAAGCAUCCAAUCCCGUGGAGGUUGGCAUCCAAGUUACGCCAGAGGAUGAUGAUUGUUUGUCAACGUCAUCGAGAGGAAUUUGCCCAAAACAGGAACACAUAGCAGGUAAAGAAGAGCCCAGCAGCUACACAUGCACGACCUGUAAACAACCUUUCAACAGCGCCUGGUUCCUCUUGCAGCACGCACAGAACACGCACGGCUUACGGAUCUACCUAGAAAGCGAGCAUGGCAGCCCCCUGACACCACGGGUUGGUAUCCCAUCAGGACUAGGUGCAGAGUGCCCUUCCCAGCCACCUCUCCAUGGGAUUCACAUUGCAGACAAUAACCCUUUUAACCUGCUCAGAAUACCUGGCUCUGUCUCGAGAGAGGCGUCAGGGCUGGGAGAAGGGCGAUUCCCACCCACGCCGCCCCUCUUUAGCCCUCCCCCGAGGCACCAUUUGGAUCCGCAUCGCAUAGAGCGCCUGGGUGCCGAAGAAAUGGCUCUGGCCACCCAUCACCCUAGUGCCUUUGACAGGGUGCUGCGACUGAACCCCAUGGCAAUGGAGCCCCCUGCUAUGGAUUUCUCCCGGCGGCUGCGGGAGCUGGCCGGCAACACCUCCAGUCCGCCCCUGUCCCCGAGCCGGCCCAGCCCUAUGCAAAGGCUGCUGCAGCCCUUCCAGCCUGGCAGCAAACCCCCGUUCUUGGCCACACCACCUCUUCCUCCUCUGCAGUCCGCUCCUCCUCCCUCCCAGCCACCCAUGAAGUCCAAGUCCUGCGAGUUCUGUGGGAAGACCUUCAAGUUCCAGAGCAACUUGGUGGUCCACCGCAGGAGCCACACUGGGGAGAAACCCUACAAGUGCAACCUGUGCGACCAUGCCUGCACUCAGGCCAGCAAACUGAAGCGCCACAUGAAGACACACAUGCACAAGUCAUCACCCAUGACAGUGAAGUCUGAUGAUGGGCUCUCCACUGCCAGCUCCCCUGAGCCCAGCACCAGCGACCUGGUCGGCAGUGCCAGCAGUGCCCUCAAGUCAGUGGUGGCCAAGUUCAAGAGUGAGAAUGACCCCAACAUGAUCCCCGAGAAUGGAGAUGAGGAGGAAGAGGAAGAGGAGGAGGAGGAGGAGGAAGAGGAGGAGGAAGAAGAGGAGGACUUGACCGAGAAUGAGAGGCCAGAUUAUGGCUUUGGGAUGAACCUGGAGGCGGCCCACCACCAUGAGAACAACUCGCGGGCCGGAGAGGAGAGCCGGUCGAUGCCAGAUGUCAUGCAAGGUAUGGUUCUCAGCUCCAUGCAGCACUUCAGCGAGGCCUUCCACCAGGUGCUGGGGGAGAAGCACAAACGGGGCCACCUCUCCGAGGCCGAGGUACACAGGGACACUUGCGAUGAAGACUCGGUGGCUGGUGAGUCCGACCGCAUUGACGACGGGGCGGUCAACGGCCGGGGCUGCUCCCCUGGGGAGUCUGCCUCAGGCGGCCUGUCCAAAAAGCUGCUGCUAGGUAGUCCCAGCUCCCUGAGCCCCUUCUCCAAACGCAUCAAGCUGGAGAAGGAGUUCGACCUACCCACCGCCGCCAUGCCCAACACCGAAAAUGUGUACUCGCAGUGGCUGGCUGGAUACGCUGCCUCGCGGCAGCUGAAGGACCCCUUCCUCAGCUUCGGUGACUCCCGACAAUCGCCCUUCGCCUCCUCCUCUGAGCACUCAUCAGAGAAUGGCAGCCUGCGCUUCUCCACGCCGCCGGGAGAGCUGGAUGGUGGCAUCUCGGGCCGAAGCGGCACGGGAAGUGGAGGGAGCACCCCGCAUAUUAGUGGCCCGGGCCCAGGCAGGCCCAGCUCAAAAGAGGGCAGACGCAGCGACACUUGUGCGGUGUACCCCCCCAGCUGGCGCGGUGCCCAGGGAGCCUCGGAUGCCUGGCAGUUUUCGGAUGGAAGUUCAAGAGCACUUAAGUUUUGAGAGGAGAUGAAGCGGGGCCAGCGGCUGGCAGUGGACGUGUCUGGAGGCGUCCCCAUCCUGUGGCUUGCUGUGACCCGCAGCACCUGACGUCCCGCCAACGGCAGCGUCCCCCAGCUCCUCCAGCCUGCAGGACUGUCGUAUUUAUAUUUUGUAAUAGAGUACAACACUACUUUUGUUCAGUUUUUGUUUGUUUAUUUCUUUUUCUAAGAACAAAAAAGCAAAAAUGCCUACCAAGAUCGAGGGCUGCCCAGGGUCUCUGGCCCUGAGGAGAGGACUCUGUCCACAUGUUGGCCCUGUGCGGAGGACCCGGCUCCAUGUGUUGUCUCCAUUUCCCAUAAAGUGCACCUCACGUUAUGAGUUACAAAUAAAACAAAACACAGUGUGGAUCCAUGGCAGGUGGGCAAUCACCAUAAUAAAUGUUGGAGUUUUAGGUUUUGUUCGCUCUUUCUUUACUUUGCCAUUAGUGGCCAAGGGCAGUGACCAUGACUGUCGCCAUGCACAGGAGUGGUGCUCCAUCCCCACAGGGCUCACACCUGGCCCUGGUGACCAUCAUCAGGCUCCCUGCUGCUGCCCAUAUGUGACAGACCUAUAGUGACUGCUGUUAUCAUUUCUGCUGUUAACCAGCGUGCUUCGGGGUCGACAGGAUCUGUGACCUCCUUUGUUGUGUCACUGUUGGCAGUCAGCCCCCAGCCGGGCCCACAGAUUUGGGGCAGAUUUGAUGCCAAUGAGGCCCAGCCCUGCCCCGGCUGCACUGCUCCCUGUGCCUUGCCUCAGGCCACCACUCCACAGAGCUCUCCUGCGUGCCUUGCCCCAAGAGUAGCCCCCAGACAAGAACUUCUCUGGUUGGUUCCCAAGUGCUUUGUGGAA